GCUGCUGGGCGGGGAGCUUGCUCGGCCGCCCGCCUCGCCUUGAGCUCAGCAUUCACUCUAGCAAGCGGCUUGUACAGCAGGCUCCCUGGGCUCCUGGAGUCCCGCUUGCUCCAAGCGCACUCCAGCAGUCUCUUUCUGCUCUUGCCCGGCUCGACGGCGACAUGGGUGUCCCCACGGUCCCAGAGGCCAGCAGCCCGCGCUGGGGAACCCUGCUCCUCGCUAUUUUCCUGGCUGCAUCCAGAGGUCUGGUAGCAGCCUUCAAGGUCACCACUCCAUAUUCUCUCUAUGUGUGUCCCGAGGGACAGAAUGCUACCCUCACCUGCAGGAUUCUGGGCCCCGUGUCCAAAGGGCACGAUGUGACCGUCUACAAGACGUGGUACCUCAGUUCACGAGGCGAGGUCCAGAUGUGCAAAGAACACCAGCCCAUACGCAACUUGACAUUGCAGCACCUUCAGCACCACGGAAGCCACCCGAAAGCCAACGCCAGCCAUGACCAGCCCCAGAAGCAUGGGCUGGAGCUAGCGUCUGACCACCACGGUAACUUCUCUAUCAUCCUGCGCAAUGUGACCCUAAGGGACAGCGGUCUCUACUGCUGUCUAGUGAUAGAAUUGAAAAACCACCACCCAGAACAACGGUUCUACGGGUCCAUGGAGCUACAGGUACAGGCAGGCAAAGGCUCGGGGUCCACAUGCACGGCGUCUAAUGAGCAGGACAGUGACAGCAUCACGGCUGCGGCCCUGGCCACUGGCGCCUGCAUCGUGGGAAUCCUCUGCCUCCCCCUUAUCCUGCUGCUGGUCUAUAAGCAGAGACAGGUGGCCUCUCACCGCCGUGCCCAGGAGUUGGUGAGGAUGGACAGCAACACCCAAGGAAUCGAAAACCCAGGCUUCGAGACCACUCCACCCUUCCAGGGGAUGCCGGAGGCCAAGACCAGGCCACCACUGUCCUAUGUGGCCCAGCGGCAACCUUCCGAGUCAGGACGGUACCUGCUCUCUGACCCCAGCACACCUCUGUCGCCUCCAGGCCCUGGGGACGUCUUUUUCCCAUCCCUAGAUCCAGUCCCCGACUCCCCUAACUCUGAAGCCAUCUAAACCAGCUGGGGAACCAUGGACCAUGGUACCUGGGUCAGGGAUAGGUGCACUUGAUCUAUGGCUGGCCCUUGGACAGUCUUUUAGGCACUGACUCCAGCUUCCUUGCUCCUGCUCUGAGCCUAGACUCUGCUUUUACAAGAUGCACGGACCCUCCCCUAUCUCUUUCAGAUGCUACUUGGGGAGCAGGGAGAAGUUGCUGGAUUGCUCAUUGCUGUUCUCAAGAUCUUGGGAUGUUGAGUUCUCCCUAGAGACUUGACUUCGACAGCCACAGAUGUCAGAUGACCUGCAUCCUACGAACAUCCGGCUUGGCAAGAGCCUUUCUUCAUGGAAACCAGUAGCCCGGAGGGGAUGAGGUAGGCACCUUGCCACCCUCCCGGGCGAGAGACACAAGAUGUGAGAGACUCCUGCCCACUGUGGGGGUGUGGCUGGCCUGCUUGUUUGCCUGAGGAUGCUCCUCUGUUGGACUGACUCUAUCCCCCCCUGGAUUCUGGAGCUUGGCUGGCCUAUGUCCCACGAGAGGAGCAUCUCAGCAGCCUUCCACCAGCAACCUGAGGGUCUGCCAGCUUCGUGGCUCUGGGCUCUCAUUACCUGUAUGGCUGUUCACAGGGCUCAGUGGCCAGCGGCUUUGAAACAGGAAGUACAUGUCAGGUUCAGGAACCACUGUGAGCUCAUUAGUGUCUUGAGCAAUGUGAGGCCUGGACCAGCGGACACGGAGGGAGGGUGGCGAGAGGAUGAUGGGGACGAUGAGGGGAACAUGCUCCCUUCCUGUCCUUGUCAUCCACCACUCCCACUAUUCAGUGUGGAGCAAUGGCAAAGGUGACCGACCUCCACAAUGUCCUAGUGAUGCUGGACCAUUUCUAAGUGUGAAAGAGAUGCUAUUAAAAGCAGUAUGUGGCAGUGGCUGCAAACAGCUGAGUGGAUUGGAGGCACUGUCACUAAGGCCCUGGAGGUGCAGGGCCCGGCAUGGGGAUAGGGAUGGGAGUUUCAGUGAGGGCCUAGGGGUCACUCCGCUUCUGAUCACUCUUCAUCUGAGCCUCACCUCAGGGUGACCUUCAGGCACACAGAAGAGCUUGGCCCUGGCCCAAUGCUACUCUUGGCUCUCAUCUCCAGGGUCUGGCAUGACCUGGGCACACAGGGGGAGUCUUCAGAAAGGAUUUUAAAGCAUGAAGAGAAAGGGUAUUUCUUAUGAGGUGGAGAUGGGGCAGCUGAUGUUUGAGAGUGAGGAGGGAUACGGCUGGGCAGAUCACUCUCCAGUCUCUAGAGGGACAGUAGCCCUAAGUCUGGGAGAGUAGCAGCCCAGUGGUACCAUAUGUCUUCUUGCAGCUUCCACUGGCUGGGCUGAACUGGGCAUGGUAGGAAAGCUCUUGUUCUGGGCCUGCAGCCAGGAAGAACCCCAUUCAUUCCCUGAGGACAGAUGGGUGGGGAGAGAAGAGAGAGUUUCAGGCCAGGAAGCAGCAAUAAACUACCUGCUGGGGACCCAGACAAGUUGUCUGAUGAGGUCCAAGAUGUGGGAUGCUACCAGUUAUACCUGGGGCUUGGGGAUCCUUAAAGGCUUUGUAUCAUCAUCAUAGGAUUGUCGGGAUGGCCAGGACAUCAAAGCCAUGACCCGUGUUUUAUCCUCAGGGUCCCCUCUUCUGCACCAUCCGUUGCUCAAGACUCUAUGUAGUUACUAUAGACAGAAUGUGUUGUUCUGUUUGGCUUUGGGGAUAAUGGGCUGGCAAACUGCCUGCUGUUCAGUGGCAGGGCUGUGAGGCCUAUCAAAGACUAGAACCCACAGACUAGCUGAACGAUGAGUAUAGCCUGUCCCCUGGGGGAGCCUGACCUGUCUCCAGCCCUAAGCUUCAGACCUCACCACUCAGAUGACUUCUAAGAAUUUGCCUGUGGGGACCCCCGCAUGGCUGCAGCUCUGUGGAAAGGAGAGGAGGCCCCCAGCAGAAGAACCACUCACUUCCUGCCCAGCUUCCUCCUGUAGGGCUCUAAGUCUCAUCUUCUUGGGACCUUGCAAGCAAAGGCAUGUCAGCUUGGUGGUUUCCUGUUUUGGGUGAAGUUUUGUGUGGUCCAGGUUCUGUCUACAUCCAUGAACUUGGGUGCUACCACCUUGCUGCUGCUGUAACAGCUGCAGGAUCUUGGGGUGGAAAAUGGAGAUGCCCUGAGGUGCUAGCUCUUGGGGCAAAAGAUGGGGUGGCAAUGAGACACAGUGGGGAACUGAGCUCCCCAAGAGGAGGGAGGAGCCCUGUAGCCUCAAGGGCCAUAUUGGGUUCCUGGUACCAGCAAAAGCCUAGAGAGCGAAGUCUGUAUUUUGAGGAGGUAAUUGAUCCUUAGGAAAUCCAUCAGAAAUUUGGAGGGCAUACUUUAUCUAUCUCUGGAGGAUCUCUACCUAUCUCCGAUGAAGCUCUCCCUGGGACUGGGAUGGGAGAAACCAGGAGGAAAGGUGUCUGAUACAUCAGGGGCUUCUUGACAAGCCAAAGGGCCACUGGUAGCUAUUGUGGACCAAGCUGACCCUGCUGAAGUAUUGUAGUGUACCUUGGACCAACUUCUCAAAAGAGCAGCCCUGGGGCUACCUUACUUCUGCCAGGAAGAGGCGGAGAGCCUGGGAAGGGGCUAGCUCCUUCUUUGAGAACUGCUCCCUGGAGGACUUGGAGGAGGCGGCUAGGCUACUGGCUGCUGAGGGCCCUUUGUCUUUCCUAACCUGGGCACUGUUAGGAUGCUCCCUCCUGGAAAAGGCUUUCCUGGGUGUGAGCUAGAGUGGUGUCCAUGCCAGCGCUGAACCUGCCAUGGUGGGAGCUGAACUAAAAAUUUCUCAGGGAACUAAAAUAGGCAAAAGAGGAACUGGGGGAGGAGGGUGCCAGGCAGGAUGGGGGGAAGGGAGGGCGGUGCAAAAGUCUCUUGAAACACAGACAGCCUAGCUGAGUGCCAGUCCCAGAUCACAGAGAAUAUGGAUCAUCUGUCUCAUGUUCUGCAUGCUUGCUGCUUUACCCUGGCAUUUUCCUUCUCCACCAUGAGUGGGAGUCCUGGGAGUCCUGGGAGGGUGAGGAUUAAUGCCAGCCUGGGGAGCAGAUAGCUGACAGAGUCCUUGGGUAACUGGCUUGAACCAGGACCUCAGAAUUCCACUCUGGGGAUCUAGCUUUGUCUGGGCCAGUGAAGAUCUCUAUAAUGGCAUUAUUGCCAGGGGAUAAACAUUUCACUGGGUUUUGAUCUGUUGGGUGUGGCUUCCUGGAAAAUAUGGUGAGAGGAAUUCUGAUAAGGAUACAGUUGAUAAGAAAGUUCUGAGAUUGAUUAGUAAUGCCUGCCUUGGACUCAGGAAGGGGAAGUGGCAGUAUGAAUGCCAUGUCUUAAAUCAUUUUGGUUAAAAUAUGCUUCCCAAAAGAUUUCCACGUGUGUUCUUGUUUAUUUGACAUCCGUCUCCAUAUCAGUCUUGAAAACCUUUCUGUGUGUAUACGUAUGAUGUUUGCGUGUGUAUGUGUUUUUGUGUGUGCAUAUGGAAGCCAGAAAUCACUGGGCGUCUUCCUCCAUUCCUUUGCAAUGUAUUUUUUUUUUUUUUUUACGAUUUAUUUACUAUAUGAAUGUUUUGCCUGAAUGCAUGCAUAGGUGUCACGUACGUGCCUGCUGGAACGCUUGGAACUGGAGUUACGGGUGGCUAUGAGCUACAGCGUGAGUGCUGGGAAUCAAACCUGGGUCUUCUGCAAAAGCAACAAAUUAAAAGACAGCUCUUAACUACUUGAGCUAUUUUUUCCAACUCC